GUCCCCGCUGCAUCUCUCUUAUUUAGUCUGUCUUGUUAUCUGGCUGUUGAGGCAGCUCGCAGUGCUGUGUGGAGGACAGAGCGAGGGUGGAAGUGUGAGCUGUCAGAAGGACUUGUAGACAGGUCGGUCCGUUUUCUCCUUCUUCCUGUCCAUCACAGUGAUAGAGCUGCCUGCAUCUUGUGGAUUUAUCUCAGUGUGAGUGACACCUGGGAGGCGAGGGAAACCCGAGUGGACAGGCAGGAGUCUGCUCUCCCCCUCCAUCCCUCCUGUGUGUGUGGAUGACCUGUGAUCUUCUUGUCUGUUCCUCAGCACCAUGAACAAGAUGAAGAACUUUAAGAGGCGUUUCUCUCUUUCUGUUCCUCGCACUGAGACCAUUGAGGAGAACGAGUUCACUGAGCAGAUAAACCAGCUCAACAUACGGCACACUCAGGGCCUGACUCCAGACAGGCUGGGUCCUCCAUCUCAUGAUGCCAGUCCUUCAAGUCCUGAACCAACAACACCAGGAGCUCAGUCGCCAUCACACCUCCACUUCCAGAGCAAGGCCCAGCACAGACGUUUCUCCAUGGAGGAUGUCAGUAAGCGCAUGUCUCUGCCCAUGGACAUCCGCCUGCCUCCAGAGUUUCUCAAGAAACUGCAGCUGGAGAGUGAAAACUCCCCGCUCUGCAAACCUCUCAGCCGCAUGUCUCGACGUGCUUCCCUGUCUGACAUAGGCUUUGGGAAACUGGAGACAUACGUGAAGCUCGGCAAACUGGGUGAGGGGACGUAUGCUACAGUGUUCAAAGGGCGAAGCAAACUAACAGAGAACCUAGUGGCGUUGAAGGAGAUUCGGCUGGAGCACGAGGAGGGAGCACCUUGCACUGCUAUCAGAGAGGUGUCACUACUGAAGAACCUGAAACAUGCCAACAUAGUCACGCUGCAUGACAUCAUCCACACCGACCGCUGUCUCACUCUGGUGUUUGAGUAUCUUGACAGUGACCUGAAACAGUACUUGGACAACUGUGGCAAUCUGAUGAGCAUGCAUAAUGUCAAGAUCUUCAUGUUCCAGCUGCUGCGUGGUCUGUCCUACUGUCACAAGAGGAAAAUCCUCCACAGAGACCUAAAGCCUCAGAACCUGCUCAUUAAUGACAAGGGCGAGCUCAAACUGGCCGACUUUGGUCUGGCGAGGGCCAAGUCUGUCCCCACUAAGACCUACUCCAAUGAGGUGGUAACUCUAUGGUAUCGACCCCCUGAUGUGUUGCUGGGCUCUACAGAAUACUCCACACCCAUCGACAUGUGGGGCGUGGGCUGUAUCCUGUAUGAAAUGGCAACAGGCCGUCCCAUGUUUCCUGGAGCCACAGUGAAGGAGGAGCUACACUUAAUUUUUAGGCUUUUGGGUACUCCAACAGAAGAGUCUUGGCCUAGUAUUAGUAGUAAUGAGGAGUUUAGAUCUUACCUCUUUCCUCAAUACAGACCUCAAGCUCUCAUCAAUCACGUGCCCAGGUUGGACACAGAGGGGAUUGACCUGCUGUCUGCUCUGCUGCUGUAUGACACCAGGAGCAGAAUCUCCUCUGAAGCAGCUCUACGACACCCAUACUUCCAGAGUCUGGGGAAUAACAUACACAAUUUGGCAGACACUGCCUCAGUGUUUUCCCUCAGAGAGCUCCAGCUGCAGAAAGACCCAGGCCACCGCAGCUCGCUGUUUCAGCCUUUAGGUCGAGGAAAGAACCGAAGACAAAGCAUCUUCUAGACGUCACAGAGGAGGACCAGAGACACACAGAGAGUAGAAGCUGCCUUUUCAGACCACUGCACAAAGGCCACCACAGCUCAGCACAUUCACAAGCACACCUGCAUGCACACACACAUAUGCAUGUGCACUCACUCAUUUCCAAGGCAGCUGACCAUGGAGACACGCAGGGUUUCUGGAAAUACACUUGUACUGCACUUGAAAUGACUGAGCUGAGAUACACUCUCCCUUCACACACAUACAGUACAUAUUUGCACACAUUUGCACAAUCAGCGACACUGAACAUGCUGCCAUUACUGUAGUUGCACACACCAGAGAUUUAUACUGCUGACACACACACACACACACAUGCAUUUCAGCCCAAGAUAUCAAACACUAGGCCGCUAAAUAAAGCUGCUCUGCUCUGUUAUAGUGUACACAUACACGCCAGCUUGUAUAAUCUCCAUUCAGAGCACACCCAGGGCUCUAGCCAUUCAAGGUAGCUACCACAUCUGGAACAUCAUAAAAUCGCAGUUGUUCAGACCUAAGGCUUGGGGUGUGAGUGGAGGUCAGUUUAGUUUAAAGUAAAGUCUAAUAAGGUAAACUUCUUUUAAAAAUGUUCUAAAUGUCGGUCACACUAAAGUUUAGGCGUGCCCCUACACCAAAAUGUAGCUUAACCCUUUGGAGUCUUGGGCUAUUUUGUCCAUUUUUUAAAUACUUUUUUUCUGCCACUUGGAAGAAAUAAAAGUGUAACAUUCAUAUUUAACAUAGCUAUCAUACUUUAAUUUGUUGCACAAUCUCAUUUAUGUAACCUGGUAUCUAUUUUUUCACUUUGACUUAUUGGAUUAACAUUUUGAACCCAAAAUAAACCAAAAAAAACAACAAACAUUAAAAUCUGAUUUUAAAAAUCAUGAUGUUUUUUUCCCCUUUCGAAACAAUAACACUCAAUGAGUUUUAAAUGUUGCAAAUGUGUUUACAGGUUGCAAAUAUAACAUAUACGUUCUAUAUUUUAUGCUAUAUAUAUUUCAACUUAUCUCUGUUUUACUUUGGUUAUCAUCAUCAAACAAAAACUGGAGUUUCAAGCCAGUCCUUUAGAGGGAAGGUGCGGACGUCCCCACGUUUUUUAUGUUGUGACGUCAUGAAGAAGUAAUGCGCCCAUGCUUUCACAGACUCCAGAGGAUUAAAGAUACACUCUAAGAUUUUGUAAUCAAAUCGAAUUGUACCUCAAUAUUUUAAAGUUUCCUCCCAGCUCCUAAAGGCCAGGUCACGAAAUUGCCCAAAAGUGCAAUUAACGACCAUCUUAAAAGAUUAUGACCAGGAACCGAAGAUGGUUUCUAUUUUUUAAGUUAACUGUUGAGUUGCGUACAUUUUAUUUUCUACUAUGUACAUCUAAAUCAUAAUUAAAUUCUGGGGAAAAACGCUGACAAAUUCCUUUAUUUAUUAUUGUUUAAACUAUUCAACUAUUUUAAUCAAAUUCAAACACAAAAAAUCUAAAUCGUGCAAAUUCAGAGAGAAAAUGGUAAUCGUGGCUAAGGCCUAGCGUGCUAACAGGCACUUGCUAAACAUAAAAUUUAAGUAUUCAAACUAGUUGUUUUUUUAAUUAAAGAAAAAUGUUGUCAUGUGCUUUCAAGCCAAUAAACUGCUGAAAAAUAUAUGGUCAACCUCAUACCGUAGCCUUUAGCUAACACAUAAUACACGGAACUAACAGCUACCAGGAUGUGCUAGCUAGGUAAAAAAACUCUUCUAGUUUAACCCUUUAAUAGUCUUCACUAAGGAAAAAGCUACAGGAAAGGUUUUUAUUUGCAUUUUAAAAAAUCUCUUUAAGUAGAUAAUAUCAAUAAAUGUUUCUUUACGGUUGAGAAGCUGCUGCAUGGUAUUUGUUAAACAGAAAGAAACAAAUCUAAAUUACAAAACAUUUACUGUCAUAAUUGUAAUAAUAUGUUAGUAUACAAUGUCAAUUUAUAACCGUACAGUUAUUAGUAUAACCAAUACUAUAUUGAUCCCAUGUAUUCAUUCUGAAUAUGAAUCAUUACAUUAAUAUGAAAAUAUCUCAGAAAUGGUGAAAAAUUAUGCAUUUAAUUUCUCAUGAAAUAUUGGGAUACCAUAAAAUAUAUGAUAUAUAGCAUAAUAAUAUUGUAAAUGUAUUAUGUGAGUAUCAUUACCUUCAUCACUGAAGGACAUUUCAACCGUAUGGCAUAUGUUUUUAGAUGAUAAAAAAUCUUACCAUAUGAAAUUAUUAUCAGCAUAUAUAGCCAAAUGGAAUAACAUUGAAUGUAACAUGUUAACAACAAUAAAUUAUAAUAUUUUGGAAAGUUUUUUGUAACGUAAAAGUAAUUUCAAUGACACUGGCUUAGCUUCACUUUCUUUAGCAUAAAAGAAAAAAAAAAGUUUGGUAGAGCAUAUUCUGAGAAAAUUAUUUGACACUUUUGUUAGACUUUUUUGUUGUAUUAAGUUACAAACACCUGUUCGAAAAGCCCACUGGAACUAUAUGUAAAAAGACAAAAAAAAAAAAAAAAUGCAAUGUAUUAUUAACUUUCUAAAAUGUCUGUAGUGACUUUUUAGUAACUAAUUUCAUGUAAAGAGGUAUACUGAAAAGGCUUACUAUUUAAAAAGACAGUGACAUCUAGAGGACUUUUUUUUAAUAACAAUACAUUUAAGCAUAACAACUCAAAAUGUGCUCUACCAAAUAUUUGAGCAGGACAUUAAAGGGUUAAACAACUUAAACAAUAUAUUUAUAAUGGAAUGAUAUCAGAAAAGUAUCCAAUAUGGCAGCUAUGGGUGUGUUAUGUAACCCUGCACAUUAGAAGUUGUACAGACACAAGCAGUCCAGACACUCAAGUAGUAGCAUCACACUGUCCAUUUACAUUAAUUACACUCACAUGAAACAAAUAUUGAACCAACCAUGAAAUCCCCAUUGUAAAAUGGAUUCAUGUCAUCAGACUUGCCUUGCUACAGCGCCCCCGUGUUUCAACUCCGUGUGGGUUUUUAUUCCAUACAGUGUUAACAGCUGACUUUCACUCCAGUUUUUGAAGUUGCCUUAGUAAACUGCAUGAUAUCUUGGCUUGUGAAGAAUCUAUAUUUGAUCUAGUGUAGCCAAUGUGUUAGGAGGCAUUUGCUUUGUGUGUGUAAAUAACUCAUCAUGAGUGUGUGUAUUUCUUAGUCUCCUAUUUGCACAAACCAGAAGUGUCCUCUGAAGCCUGUUCCCUUCCCUUUGUGUCUUACCUUACAUGGUUCCAAAAUACCGGUACUGAAACCCCUUUACCCUAGACCAGAAACUGGGAAAGUAUGUCCUACGAGUACUUUCUAGUAGCAAAUUACUCUCAGUAGGACUCACCGCUACAGCUUAUGUUUUGCACAGGAAUCAGCAGGCUGUCAGAUCACAAAAGGCAGUGUAUAAAAGUAUAAACGAUAUAACUAGAAAACUAGAAAGCAUACGUAUCUGCAGAAGUGAAACCUUAUAUAAUGUCCUUCACAGUUCCCUUGUGACUGAUCCACAGGUUAUGCACUGUAUGCCCUAUUAGAUGAAAUGAUCUGCAGGCACAGACGUGAUGGAGGCUUGUGUCUAAUCUGCACUCUCCUCUCUCCCUGCCCUAACUCUCCAUCAAAAGUAUUUGUGUAAAUAUUCUCAGUCAUCCACAUCAUAUGAUAUCCAGAAAUGGCUUUGAAGACAUUUUGCCUUUCAUCUAAAAAGCUUCCUCAGUUCUGACUGACAUGUGGGGAGCACUGCAAGAAGCCAGCUCUUAAAAACAAGGGGAAAAGUAUUAAAAAGGUGUAUUUUGCUUAAAAAUAGCAAAAUUAUCUGCCAAUGGAACAGGAAAAUGUGGCUUGUCAAGACUUUCCAAAACAAGUAAAAAUAUCUUAUCACAAUGAACCCACAAAUACCUUAACUAAUAUCAAGUGAAUUUUUCUUGAUUUUAAUAAAAUACACGUGACCUAUUUUCUCAAUAUGUUGAGGCAGGCAUUAUAUUUCUUAAAACCAGCAAAGUCAGACUAAAAACUAGUGAACUUUUCUUGAUACAGCUACAAAUAUUUUUAUCUGUAUGUAGAAUAUUUUUCUUAAAAUUCUUGAAAUAAGGCAAAAGCCUUGGAAUCUUUAUAUCAAACAAGUGAAACGGUCUAAAAUAAAAACCGCUUACUAAGAAGAAAUACCCUAUCAGAAAAAAAUAAGCAUACAUCUCCUUGAUCUAAGAUACUCACAUCUUACAAUCUUACUUACUUGCAGUGAAUUAGUCCAGGGUAUGGCUGUGUUGUCGAACCACAUCUGACAACAUAUUCUCACUCCAAACGUAUCAGACAGAGAUAAGGUCAGUGCCCCUCGGUGUCAGGUACGGAUGCUCCAAGUAGCCCUCCUGCAUCACUUUUGGAUGUUUUGCAGUUAGGGUUGCAAAGAGGUGAAAAAUUUGUGAAAUUUGAGACUGUCUCAUGGGUCAAAGCUGGAGUUUGUGACAUAUCUACCACCAGUCCCGCCCUAAAUGGACUUUUGCACUCUUUAUAUUACGCACGUUUUUCUAACAACCAUAAAGUAGAUAGAGUGGUUAUCCACUAAUCGUAAGGUUGGUGGUUGGAUCCCUGACCAUGGCAGCCUACAUGUCGAAGUAUCCUUGAGCAAGAUUCUGAACCCCAAAUUGCUCCUGAUGGCUGUGUCAUGUGUGUGAGUGUGUGUUAUUUUCCUCUGCCAUGUAUGAAUGUGUGUAUGGAUGAGUGAAUGCUGGCUUGUGUCGUAAAUUGCUUUUAGAUGUCAAUACGACUAUAUAUUGUUAGAGCCGGGGGCUCUUAAAGCCUCCCACGCUCACCUGGGUUCUUUUUCCUAAACUUGGUCUUACAAAACACUCAGAACAAAUGAAUAAAGUUAACUAUUUAUUGAAAGAAUAAUAGUCAAAUGCAAUGUGAUCUUGAUGGUAUCACAAGACAGAGUGAUUACAACCUUCCUUAAUUUUACACAUAUCUUCUUGGGUUUGGCUAACCCCGUCAAUUGGGUGGGCUUUUAACGCAAUUGGUCAAUUUUUUGUGUGAUGCUUUUCGGUUGCCACCCUUAACCAUGCAUCUGGGGAUUUGACAUCUCCUUGACCUUUCAAAAUCUAUGUGUGUGUGUGUGUCGUUUGCUGAGGCUUUCACAUCCUGUCUCCCCUCUGCAUCUCGUCUCCCUGUCCUCCUCUCCUCACCACUGCCAAUGCCUGAGCUGAACUCAUCUUCUGUCUGAUACUGUCCCAAAUUUGAACUUAAGUAACCCUGACCAUAGGUUCAUCAUUUAGAAACUCAGCCAAUCCGAAUAUAUUCUUUAUCUUACAGUAUAUAUGGUUCAUUUACCUUGUCUGUCCGUAUCUGAUGCUGAGGGGCACUGGCCAGAUGUCAGUAUAUGGAGAGUUUGGAGUGAGAACAUCUGAAGGCAGAAGCUUUUCCAAAUAACUGCUCUCUGCUCUCAUAGAGAGGGAUGAGAAGGGAUAAAAGUACAGAUGGGGAUAACACAGGACAGUCUUUUUACUCUAAAGUAUCUCUCUUAUGUCCAUCCAUCUGGUCAAUCACUAUGCUUCCUGUUCCCAAAUUAAAGAGGUGUAGAUCUGAUCCAAUGAGGACUUUGUUUGAAAGCCCAAAGAACCCUCUCCAUUGUCGGAGAUGAUGGCAAUGGUGCAGGGGUUGCGAUAAUGGACCAUUCUGAGAUCUGAUCGUGUGACUGUGAUGUUGCCUAAUAAUCCAUGUGAAUUUGUCAGCUGUCAACCCUACAGAGGUUAAAUGCCUGACUCGCCUAAGUCCGAGCUGAGGAAGCCUUUCAGAUGAGAGGCAAGCAGCUUGACUAAAUCUACAGUUGGAUUUAACACUUAUAGAUAGGGGUGUGAUGAGACCUCGAGUCACGAGAUCUCGCGAGAUUAAACUUGACGAUGUUUCUCGUUGCGUUAAAAAUUUGUCUUGCGAGAUAUGUGAGCUAUCCAAACUUCUAUUUAUGACCUGUGGGGGCAGUAAAAGGAAAAUAAGAAGAGGAGGAGAAGGAGGGGAAGCAGCAAGCAGCCAGAAUGACGUCGCAGAAGACGGCGGCUCGUUAAGAAGAGUAAGAACGAAUCGAAGUGGCACAGUCCUGCUAAUAGGCUAACAGUUAGCUCUGUAGCAGUACAGUGUGUAUGUGCUGCUGCUGCAGGAGGUGUUCACUUAGAGAUCUCUGUUUGUUUACAACAAGCACUGGACACAGCACAGUUUGAGAUGCCGGUUAAUUCACGAUCAUUAUGUUUAUGAUCAGCGGAGACUCUGUGCAUAAUUAGCCAUGCUGCUUUGUUUAUUAUCAGCUGCUGAUGUUGUGCACAGUUACCGAAGGCUGGGACAGUUGCUUCUCCCGUGUUUAACCCAUCGCUUAUGGGAUCACGGUCGAAACUGUCGUUAAGCCAUUUCGCAACGAUGGAAAACCAUACGUCACCUCCAGAGUCUCUAAAUCCCUCUGGGGGCCCUUUUUGUAAUGGAGACACGCAGAGUAAGAGGACAUUUGAGAGGGCGUGGCCUGAGACUUUCCCGGUGGCCACUCUUCCCCCUAAAGGAAACAUGGAUCAUAUUGUUUUCACUUGAAAAAAAGAGAGAAAUAUUUUAUUUUAUUUAUUUUAUUUAAACUUUUAUACAUUUUAUUUGUGGAAAAAGUUUAUUAAAAGCCCAUGCUUACAUCAUGCAUGUAAAGAGUUAUAAUAAAACAUUUCAAAAUGCAUGUGCAAAUCGGUUAAAUAAAAGCCUGUUGGUCCAGUCAUAUGUUGUCAUUGUAGUUGUCUUAAAAUCUCGUCUCGUUCUCAUGAACCCGAUAUCGUGUCUCGUCUCGUGAACUGAGAGGAUCGUCACACCCCUACUUAUAGAUGAUCGGAUCCACAGAAUAAAACAGAUCCUCAAGUAAAAGCAAGUUACUAAAUGACGCCUUGAGACUGUUCACGGAAUGCAGAGGUAGAGAUGCGGGGUACUAAUUAGUACUGCUUUGAAGAGAUGAGCAGGGAGGGAGAUGUUGUUUCUACCUGGGUGUAUGAGUCAAGAGACAAAUGACAUGGGAAGGUGCUGAAAUAUUUUUCUACCUCUAAAAGUGAAUGAAGCUGAUGGAAGAAUCAUGUUGAACCCUCUGGUCACCUGUCAGUGGGUGCAAGCAGAGGUGAAGGCAACAAGGAGAGAAAUUUUGGGGCAAACAAACCUGCUGGGACAUCAGAAGGAUAUAUAUGUUACACUUCCAGCCUCCCCCUCCUUCCCUCAGUGGCAGAAGUAUUACUGUGCAUCUAGUUGUGGUAAAUGAAGCUAUUUUAAAUACUGUAAUGAAAAAGAAAUAAUAUAUAUGUAUUUUAACAGAUGUUUUCAUCUUUCUCAGUGAGUUUUAUGACGUUAAAAAAAUAGAACGCUGUAUUUAAAAUGAAAUAAAGAAAAAAACGUGCAGAUGUCUAAAUGUUUUAUAAAAGAUAAGUUUAGAUUUUGUAUAAGAUGUGAUAUUUUGUGUGAUUUGUCUACACUGUUAUGAAAAGAGAAGUUGAAUGUACUGUGACCGCCAACACACAUUAAAUUGAUUGAAUAAUUGAUUAAUAAAUAAAUAAAUAAACUAUUGAAACCUGG